CCCCCGUGCGUGCGUAUGUGUGUACAAGCUCGUGUGGGCGUGUUCACAGCGGCGCAGGCAACGGAGCGGAGGGUUUUGGUGGCCGUUCGCACCGGGGCCGCCAGAUCUGAGCGGAUCGCAGAGCCGAGCGCUGCGGCAAUGAAGAGGAGGCUUCAGAAGAAGUACAUCAUCCUCAUCGUCGCCUACUCGGUCCUGCUGCUGCUCGUCCCGUACGUGCUGGACUACCGCGGCCACUCGGCUCAGGCGAAGCAUGCAGUGCAGCAGCAGCGCUGCCCGGACCUGGAGAACACGAUGGCGCUGUGGAGCAGCAGCGGCAUCGGAGGAGCCAACGGCAACGGCACGGAGGCGGCGAGCGAGGAUAACGGCAACAGGAGCGACACUAAGAUCCACAUCUACCUGCACGCCACAUGGAGGACGGGCUCGUCGUUCCUGGGCGAGCUGUUCAACCAGCACCCGGACGUGUUCUACCUGUACGAGCCCAUGUGGAACAUGUGGCAGGCGCUGUACCCGGGCGACGCGGCCAGCCUGCAGGGCGCCGUCCGCGACAUGAUGAGCUCCCUCUUCCGCUGCGACUUCUCGGUGCUGCGCUUGUACGCGGGCUCUGCCAACGUGAGCACGGCGUUCGUGUUCGGCUGGAAGACCAACAAGGUGAUCUGCUCGGAGCCGCUGUGCGCCGCCUACAGCAAACGCGACGUGGGGCUUGUGCAGGGCGACGUGUGCGCGCGCUGCCCGCCGCGGGACCUCACCGAGCUUGAGCGCGAGUGCCGCAAAUACCGCGCCGUGGUGAUCAAGGACGUGCGCGUGCUCGACGUGGGCGUGCUGGCGCCGCUCGUGCGGGACCCAUCGCUUAACCUACGCGUCGUGCAGCUGUUCCGUGACCCGCGCGCCGUGCACAACUCGCGCCUCAAGUCCAAGUUAGCGCUCGUGCGCGAGAGCAUCCAGGUGCUGCGCAGCAAGAAGCACGCCGACCGCUACCGGAGGCUCCUCGCGCCCGGAGCGCGCGCCAACCGGGCCGAGAACUACGUGGCGAGCGCCAUGGAGCUCAUCUGCGACGGCUGGCUGGGGGACAUGAUGCUCGUGGCCAACGCGCCGCCGUGGCUGCGCAGGAACUAUAUGCAGAUACGCUACGAGGACUUGGUGCUACGGCCCGUGGACGAGCUAAGGCGGCUGUACCGCUUCGCGGACCUCUCGGUGUCGCCGGAGCUCGAGAAGUUCGUGCUUAACAUGACGCGAGGCCGAGGCUACAGCUCAGACAAGCCGUUCCUCAUCUCGUCCAGAGACGCCAAAGAAGCUAUAUUCGCCUGGAGGGAGCGGCUGAACGUGGAGCAGGUCAACCAGGUGGAGGCCUACUGCAGCGAGGUCAUGCGCCAGCUGGGCUACCAGAAGAGGAACCUGGAGAAGACGUAGGCAACAAGUAAGAGAGAUCCUCGCCGUGACACCACAGGGGCCUGAGGAGGAGGACUGUGAGAGAAGAGCAGAGAGAGGAGGCGGAGCUAAAGUGCAGCAGAAGGUGUGAAGACUGACACUGAGCUGCGAGGGACUGACACUAGGAAUGUUUCCUUUUCUAGGAGAGGCCUCCAAAGCUGUGUGAAGCAGUCAGACAGACUGGACCAACGUGAGGGACACUGACAAAACCCAUUGGCCUCAGAAGAUCAAACCCAACCAAUCAACCCCCCCCCCCUGAAAAAAAACACUAACAAUGACUGAGAUUGAACAUGAGAGGACAAAGGUUAUAUGAAGAGAAAGAGAGCGCGUCAGUCCAAGCUGUGUCCUGACAGCCAGAUUUCAUCAGUGCUAAUCCUUCUCCAAUCCCCAACAGCCUCUAAUCAGCCACAGGAGAUGGAACCCUGGGCCUCUGGGCCAAUCUGUGUGUGUCUGUAUGUGUGUAUGUGGUCAGUCUGGGAUGUGGGAACUUUGGAGCUCUGUGUUUAGCUGUCCUACUUUUGUCUUUGGCACACCAUUGUUUGGUUGCCCACAAUGAGAGUAAUCUAAACAUUCCUGAAGACCACAUUGCUUAAAAAGCUCUGGAAUAGGCACGUAUAAACACCCACAAAAACUCCCAUCCCAGUGUAGCCAUCUCAUGCAUGAACCCCAAGAGGUUGCACAGUGAAACAUCUGAAAAGGAAAGAAGAGGUAAGGAAGAGGCAGUGUUCCCUUCUGUCUCCAUACUGGUGUGAGAUUGUGUAAUAAUCCAGGACAGUGCCUCCAUCAUAAACUGUGCAGUGUGUCUGGUGGUAUGGGUCUGCAAAUGCAGCCAGUAGCCCCUGAAGUUCAUGUGACACUCACUGAAUGAUGGUCAAACAUUUGCUUGUGCAAAUAGGCAAUAUCUAGGCCAGCUGUCUUCAGUUCAGCUCCUGGAGAACCAUAGCAGUUUGGUUUACUUUUAUCUAACUGACCGAUUAAACCUAGUAAUAGACUGAUGAGUGGAAUCGGGGGGUAUUUCACAAAGCAGGAUUUCUCAGUGAGUCAGAAAAAAUUCCAGUGUCCAAUGUUGAGGAUUGUGAAAAAGGAAUGUCUCUCAACUCUUUGUAUAUUGGACAGGCUUGAUUCUAGGCUUAAGUUAUUUUGCUAAAUUGAGUAAUUCAGCAGCUUCUCAUACAUUUUAUUACAAGUUUAUACAAGUUAACAUUUGAUGUUUACAAACAGCCAGUCACUGAAAACAUUGUGUUGAGCAGCUUAUUUUUUAAAGUAGGAAUGAGAAAUCACACUACCUAAAUAUGUAGGAAGUAAAGCAUUUUUCAUGGUCAAAAUUCAACAGUAUCGCGUUUUUAGUCGUAGUAGUGCUUACUGCAUUGAAAAUGGUAAAAAUUUUAUUUCCUCCACUGAAAAGCAAUAUUUUUAACAUGACUGAUGGAGGAAAAAAGUGACUUGAAAAGGGCCACAGAAGGCUGUCCCUGAUCAAUCAGAUGCACAUCCAGACUGAUUCAAGAGCUGUUUAUGAUCUGCAAUCCCAAACUUAACCAUGAAAGUGCUUCAAGAGAGACUCAUGCCUUGUGAAAUACCCCGCAGGGGAGUCUGAGCAGG